ACAUUCGAAAAUUUCAGUAAAAUUAUUAAUGUCAGAUUAAUUUUAGGACGUCAUCUUAUUUGAGUGCCGUCAAUUUUUCAGAAGGUCUCAUUUUUUUUCCUUGCGUACCAUCAUUGAAUGAUGGAGUUCGAAAACAGAAAUUUCGAGACAGAAUACAGGGGAAGUUACGUCCGUAAGACAAUAGCACCGCUUAUCAAAUAUAAAAUCAAGCAAGAAUUUCAAGACCCAAUAACCGAAGGCUUCAAACACUACCUAUCUACCGAUGUGGGAAAUGAAGAAGAAAAAAUUGAAAACUGUAACGAUUUCACUAAAAGAUAUGGUGAAAACAACCCCAAAAUAGCCGAAAGGUAUUUCAAAGAACCCCUUAAUACGGCCGUUGUGGAUAAUACGGAAGCUUUUGAGAAGAAAACGGCUUAUCAUCAACAUUUCUGUUCUUUCGAUGGAUACGAAAAAUUCCUUCCAACUAAAGAGAAGCCGAGAGUACCUCUACCAGAGGGCUGGGUAGAAGGAACCACUACCCAUAAAUGGUCUUACAGAAAUCCGGUCAUCUUGUUCCCUAAUAUUUACAAAACCAGGCCUUCUUUAUUCAGGCCACUAUGUGAAAUGGAUGAAGCUUAUAAACACAGCUUGAAGAGUAAGAAUGUAAGCGAAUUAGCUGGUACCAUAGGAGAACUAGGAACUUUUAUUUUGGAGAAUGAAAUGCAUGGAAGCAUGCAAAAAUUGGAUCUCUGAACUCUUCUGCUUUUCUUUAUAACUAUUUUACCGAAAUUGUAGCAACGCUUACAAUAAACAUUUAUUUCAUG